AAUUUUAUUCAUCACAAGAAUGGGAAUAUGAACGUGUAUUAAAAAGUAUUAGAAAUGAUAUUAGUGUCAAGAUUUGGUAUGUUCCCUGUAAUCUCGGAAUUGCCUGCAGAGGAAUUGGUACUGUAUCAGCGCUGGUUGGCGACGUAAAGGCACGAGCUUUGGUGGCAUGGGUCAAUAACGGGUUUUUACGUGUAUGUGUUUUGUAG